UUUUCCUUUCCUGCAACGAAUAGAAAGAGAUUUUCUUCUGCAUUAUUGUUAUGAUCGGAACCCGUUGCAAUAUGAGACUGCACGAGCCUCUGUUGACAGACGCCUCGGCUGUGAGGUGUGCGUGUCAGCGUGCAACAUAAAACGACAGAACAGAGGGAGAGAAAGGAAAGGAAAGGGAGAGUGAGAGUGAGAGCACGCAUCGCUGGAUAUCAUAGGUUCUGGGUAGCUCUCAUGGUGUAACAUACUGCCCAGUACAUAAGCAACAGAGACCAGUUCAAUGCCUGCAAUGGCUUGUGUUGUAAAAUGGACGUUUUAAAGAAGAAAUAAUGAAAACACGGACACACAAAGAAUCGAUGCCCUAUGCGCAGUGGGCGAAGGCGGGGGGCAAGUGAGGAGAGAAGGGGCAGGCGCCCAAACCCCAGCCCCACUCGCCCUGAACGCAACGAUAGACAGACGCAAAGAGGUGCUGGUGAGGAAUUGGCUGGAAAUCGCUUCAGUCGCAGAUCACAAGGGCAUGAUUCAUCCGAGAGUGAGGGGGAGGAACUUGUGUCUCCUCCAAAGAGGCAGAAAGUUCAGGAUUCGGCCUCUACCCCAAACCCUCCAACAUCAACACACUCGACUGACAGCUCUGCUCCUUCCAAUGUCCCACCUCCAACUUCGGUUGCCAGCCAAUCCCGUGAGAGUGACAAUGAAGACGGCCAAUCCCAAGGCAGCAGGAGUUCAGUUGUGGGGAGCUUGGCCAAUAGCAGUAGUAGUCUGAGCAGUGGGCGGGAUAUAGACCAGGACAAUCGUUCUUCAUCCCCAAGUCUCUCCGCUUCCCCUCUGGGUAGCCUGGACUCUGAUUCCGAUGGCCCCGACUCACCAAAGCAAGGAGAGAGGGAACGAGAGAAGGGCAAGGAGGGAGGAGUGAGCAAAGUGGCAGGAGAGGAUAGGAGAGCACUAAGAGAAGGAAGAGGAGGGGAGGAGUCCUGCGGAGAAGGAGAAAAGCGGGAGGUGGAUGCCCGUAUUGAGGACUGUCCAUCUCUUAAGCCCCCCUCUGCUCCCUGCUCUUCCUCGGGUCUGACUCCCUCCCUGCGUGGAGCGGGGGAUUCAUCAAAUGAUAGCAAUAGCGGGAGAAAGUCUUAUUUUUCCCUGGACUCUAAACUGAUGUGCAAAGUUGAGUAUGGUGGACCGACAGGUGUUGACGGUGCACUGAGUGGCAACAGAAUGAAUUCCAAAGCCAGUUCGCAGUGUGUGUCCAAGGCAGCUAUCUCAGGAGGAGAUUUUUCACACAACAGUCCUAAUAUUCCCCACCCUUUGCCCUCUCCUCUUCCUCCUCCACCUGCCCUGAAGCCCCUGGAGCUUGGGGGACAAAACGUGCCCGCUGAGGUUAAGACGGAAAGAGACAAAAUAGAAAAGACAGACAAACUCCAGGACAAGUCCAAUCCUCCGUCUCUGUUGCCUCAAACCAGUCCCCUCCCACAUUCCCAGUCUCAGCCUCAAAUCCAACCCUCCACCCAUCCUCACCACUACAGCUCCACUGGCUGGCAGGGUGGCACAGCAACUGGUUGCCAGGGGAGCUGGGGUUACACCCGUUACCCUGGAAACCACCACCCGCACCAACCCCAGCACCAGCCGCCUGUGCAGCAGCAGCAACUUCCUUCUGUGUACAACCCUCCGUCCUCUCGCCACUCCUCCUCCCACCCGUCUUACCUCCCCCAUCCCCACCCCCACCCCCACAGGGAGUACCUUCCCAGGUACGCUGGAGGGGGAGGGGACAGAGAGAGGGGGGCCGCAGGAGAGAGGGAGAGGGGAGUGAGGGGGGAGUGUGGGGGGAGGGAGAUCAACAGGGAGUUCUCUUCUCCUAUUGGCAACAGCAGCAACAAUAGUAGCGGGGGUAAUAGCAAUAGUGCCUGUGGCGGGAUGGGUGGGACCAACAGCAUCCAAGGCAGGGAGUUCGGGGGUCUGUCGGUGGGCCAGAACCGGGACUUCCAAGGUUCUGGCAGAGAUGGACCGAACUGUGGCCCAGAAAGAAGAGACUUUGGUCCAGCUUUCAGAGACAGAGACAGAGAGCGAGACAGAGACAGAGACAGAGACAGAGACAGAGAAAGGGAAAGGGAGCGGGAUACAGGGCGGGACUUUCCUCUGCCAAACCAAAAUCAGACUAGAGACUAUGGCCCCAAUGGUGCUGGAGGGGGUCAUCCAAGAGACAAAGAUGGAGGCAGAUGGGGUGAAUUUGGAGGCCAGACAAGAGAGGUAGUAAGCACCAGUAACCCAAAUAACAACUCCAUCCCUCCAAGUUCAACCAGUGGGCUACCUGUCGCCCCGUUGAUGAACCGAGACCCUCCUGUAUCACCCCAAAACAAUCCCAGUCACACUCCCCAUUCCUCCCAGCCCCCACAUCCCCACCCACAUCCCCCAAACCCAUCCAACCGAGAGUUCCCUCCUCCCAUGGACCAGGCACAAACCCCCUCCUCUGGGACAGACCACUUUCAUAGAGAGUAUCCUUCUACUGGAGGAAAAGACUUUCCUGCUGGGGCGGCACCUUCAACAGGCACAAAUCGAGAGUACAUUAGCCCUCCUGGGGUGACUCCAAACAUAGGGCGUGAGUAUUCAGGGCCCGGAGGAACCAAUCACCCCCACCCAACUCACGCCCACUACCAGUCUGGGACUAGAGACAGGGAAAGGGACCCCAACCUGCGUGAACCUGCACUGUACCAAAACCGUGGAGGGCCAAAUCAACCUCCUGCAUUAUCUCCUUCCUCUUCUUCCAGCCAUCAUGGACACCCUCCGAAUGCCCCUUAUCCCCCUCCACCACCCUCUCUACCCCCACCUCAAACUUCCCAUGUCCAGCCACCUCCAUCAAGUAUGGCACCCAAUGUACGUCCCCCACACUACCAGUCCUCCUCCCAGACUCCUCCAACACCCCUAUCUCCUUUACCAAGUCCAUCCACCAAUCAGAUGGGGAGUUUCCCAUCUUUUCCCCCAGGCUCUUCCUCUGGACCCAACAUGCCACUUCCUGGUCCAGUUGUGUCCUCCAGCUGUUCACCUGGAUGUCGCCCCUCCCCUUUUCAUGGCACUAUGAACAGCCACCCUCCCUUCAGUGGGACGUACCACUCCAACGGGAACAGCAGCAGCAACAUGACAAACAGCAAUAGCAACAGCAGCGCAGCCAACAACAGCAAUACCAACUCGCAAUCACUCUCGCCUCAAAGUGUCUCCAAAGGACCCCCACCUCUUAGUAACUCUGCCAAUAACAGCAUUUCCGCCCCAGCCUCCAGCACUUCACUCCCUGGUGGAGAUGGACCUAUGGAUUCAGCACCACCUCCAGCACCUGUCAUCAAAGAAGAACCAAUAGAAGAAAGGGAAGAGAAUGAAAGUCCACCACCAGUGCUGAGAAGCCCGUCUCCUGAACCCAAACCGGUAGACAUCCCCAUCCACGCCAGCCAAUCAGCAAGGUUUCACAAGGUCCUUGACCGAGGCAGCGGUAAUUCCUGUGCCCGUAGUGAUGUCCUUUUUGUCCCAUUGGAUGGCUCUAAACUGUGGAAGAAGAGGAAUGAGGUUAUUGAAAGGGCACGUAGGGAGGUGGAGCAGCGGGCCAGAGACCUAAGAGAAAAAGAGAGAGAACGAGAACGGGAGCGUGAGCGAGAGAGGGAGCUGGAUCGACAUCUACAGCAGCAGAAGGACGUUAACGCCACCGGAGGAGGUCGCCAAGCCUCCUCUCUCUUCUUCCCCUCCUCGACCUCUAUCAUUCUUGAUCCUUCGUCUUCUGCCUCCUCUUCCGUUGUGAACUCCAUCUCUCAUGCCCCCCCUCACCAGCAUCAUCACUCACACCCACAUGCACACCUUCCUCCAACACACCAUAUCCACCCUAGCCUCGCUCACUCAAUCCCACACUCCCUCCUCUUGCCAUCAAUGGCUGGAGCCUCAGCAGUAGUUGGAGGCCCUCAGGGAGCCUUGGGAAUAGGUUUGGGUGGUCCAUAUCUGGGCCCUGACACCCCAGCACUGAGGACCUUGAGCGAAUACGCCCGCCCUCAUGCCAUGUCUCCACUUGGGGCAGCCAGUCGUGCUCAGGCACACCACCAACAAAUGCACCAUGGCCACCCACAUGUCCACCCCUCAUUUUUCCUUCCCCAGUUCCAAAAUCAUGGUUUAGGCAACCCACAUCACCUGCCUGCUGAUGCAGCUACAGCAGCAGCUAUUUUGGGCUUUUUGUAUGGUGGCAGCCUUGACGGUGGUCCAGGUGUUGGAGGCCACCCUGGAGUGGGAGGAGGCCCAAUACCAGGAGGGAUUGGAGGUGGAGGGUUAGGAGGAGUUGGAUUUCCUCAUGCCAUGGCUGCACACAGAGAACGUAUAAAGCAAGGAUUUGAAUUUAAGAGCGAUGAGCGAGCCUACCCACCAGGAUUACCUGAUUCUGCAGCUCUUGCUCUUGCUCACUCUCAUUCUCAUGCCCAUGCCAAUGCCCAUGCACACUCCCUGCUCCUUGGAGGAGGUGCAGCAGGAAUAAAUGAGGUUGCGCUCUAUGGCACUCCUCCUCCACCAGCACCACCUUGUCCCCCACACCUUCAGAAUCCAACUCUGGCCCCAAUAACUCGACCUCCCAACCCUCCUGCCCCUCAGCCUCUGUCUAAUCCACCUCCCUCGUCUAUCCUCCCACCCUCUCUCCCCUCUCACCCAUCAUCCGCCCCACCGGCCGCCCCCACAGCCCCACCAGGCCCUUCUGCUCCGCCACCAGCUCCUCCUCCUCCCCAACCUGCCCCACCAACCUCCAAUGCCACCUCACUUCAUCACCCAGUGCCUCAUUCUUCCUUUCCCAGUUCCCUGUCCUCUCAUCUGCCGCCAGCCCCUGCCCCAGCCGCUCCCACUGACCCAUACCCUACUCCUACCCGCUCUCCUGCCUCCUUUGAGCGAGAGAGGAGUGGGGAAAGAGAGCGGGAGAGGGAGAGAGACAGAGCACCUUUGCCUGCUUUUGGGGAAAGAGAGCGAAGAGAGAGGGAGAGAGAAAGGGGAGGAAGUGGAGGUGGGGCAGGAGGAGGAAGUGGAGGAGGAGCGAGUGGAGGAGGGAAAAAUCUGGGACGACUUCAGAUGUUAAACGUGACGCCCCAUCAUCACCAGCAUUCUCACAUCCACUCGCAUCUUCACCUGCACCAGCAAGACACAGCGACGGGCGGGGUUCACCCCCUGAUGGACCCGUUGGCGUCGGGGUCUCCUUUGGCACGCCUCCCCUACCCAGGAGCCACACUAGGCACCCCCAUCCUGGCUCACCCCCUCACUGACAGCGAGGUGCUCCGCCAACAGCUGUUCGGUGAGGAGAAGGCUCCUCGUCCAUGUGCUCCUUUCCGUGACCUGCCCCAGCCGUCCUCCCUCACUGGUCCAAUGUCAGCAGCCCAUCAGCUCCAGGCCAUGCAGCAGGCCCAGAGCGCAGAGCUGCAGAUCCAGAGACUGGCCCUGGAACAACAGUGGAUCCAUCACCAUCACCACCACUCCCUCACCCAGGAGGAGUAUUACAGUCACCUGAAGAAAGAAAGUGACAAGACCCUGUGAGGGAGGGACACGACAAAGGGCAGCAUGGAGAAAACUGAGGGAGGAUUGUGCAAAAUUCAACACAAAACUAGGCACUGAAAAACAAUGAAAGAACAAAGACUCAAAACAGAAGCUAAGGGACUAAUGGACUAUGGACUGGAAUCCACUGAAGAAAACUGGAUUUCGAAGGAUUCACAAAAGAAGGGAGAAGGGGGUUAAAGUGUUGCACACAGUCCCUGCUAACUGCACCACAUCGAGGGCCCAGACUUCAGCGCUUCCCUGCAUAAUGUUCUUAAAAUCCAGUCCUGUUUUGUAUUGUGCUCUGUAAAGUAUAUUAGAUGUGGGAGGCAAUAGUGAAGUACAGUUUGUGUAAAAUACUUGAUGCCAGAAGGAAUGUGUACAUGAGUCUUUUAUGUCAUUGCAUGUAGCUAGGCGCUUCUUCUGAACUGGUGGAACUUUUUGUUCUAUUUUAGUAAUUCCCCCCUCAUUUGUAUCUGAGGGGCGUUCAAUAUGCAUGAGACCAGCAAUUUAGUGUUAUGUUCAUGAUCAAUAGUAUUGUUAUUAUGAUUAAUGUUGUCUGUUUGUUGAUAAUGAUAUAAUUAUAUAUACAGUACAUAUUAUUUGUAUUAUUUUUUUACAUUUUCAUGGUAUGG